CUUUAGAACAACCAUUCAAAUGCGAUCAUUAACUCCACUGCUUUUUUUAAACAAGUUCGUUAGAUAUCACGUUAUCGACUCUAAAUCCACGGAAACACAUAGAGCCAGCUAGGUUUUAUGUCAUGUCCAUUUAAAUGUGUGUACAGUAGACUAUCAUAAAAUUACAUAGAAGAGCAACAUACGAGACGCGAUAAAUAAUAGAGUGAUUAGCUGAAUGUCCUUUUCCAGCCAGGUAAAUCACUUAAAACCGAUAGACUAAUCUUCAAUGUUGACCAAUUAUUGGUCAGUUUAUUUGGUACAUUUUUGCCGCAAGAAUGUUCACAGGAUCUCCCCGCAUUUCUCCUUCAACAUUUUGAAUUUUAUUCAUAAUGAGCAAAAUUUGUUUUAAACACUCAAACCCAAGAGACAGUGCCUCUGUGGACUUACAAAAAUGAGUUCUGCAAUAACAAUGCAACGUUGCGGGAUAAGUAUCAAUUCAGAGUCUCUAGUAUUGAUCUAUGAAAGAGGCCUGAAAACGAGAAAAAGGAGAAUUCGAAUUUCUAUGCCUCAAAAUUCAUCGGUCAUUGAGACAUUUAAGGCAUUGCGAGCGAACGAGCGUCAUAAACAGUUCAUAAAUCUUAUUCCUAAGACACAGCUUUUACGACUAUUGACGAUUUUCAAAGAUUUGUGUAGCGGAAUGAAUCUUGAAGACUCUUUGAACAGAAGAAAAGAAACGGAUCCUAUUCGAAGUGAUGAAGACUCUAACAGUGUUGAUUAUAAUGUCUUGGAAGGAAAGAAAACUGUUAUGAAUAAUUUGUCCGAACGGAACGAAAUGCUGCCCACAAAACACGAUUUCACUUAUGAUGAAGAAAUGGACCUUCCUGAGGAACAAAUUGAAUCUUAUUCAUGGGAUUCUGAUGAAUGUGAAUUUUAAAUGUCAUGUGUUUCAGAUUUGUUGUGUUUAGUGAAAAUAACUGUAUAUAAGUUGUAUUGUAUAUGACCCAAAUAAAGCGAAAACAUUUUAAUUGCUAUGUCUAUAUUCAGUAUUGUACUCCUGAAUACAUGAACUAAAGAUACGAUGACAUUUAAACGGUUUUAUUAUGGUGCACUUAAGCUUUAUUUGUAAGAUUAUUUUGAUUAAAAAUAUCCAAGAAAAUGUGUGACAGAAAUGUACAGAGAGGAUAAACAAAAUACUCAUUAGUAAUAUAUUGAAUUCAUUGAUUAUUGGCCGAUUAUUAAUUUGAAUCCAUUAUUACAUGUUAUUGUGCAUUGCUUAGAAUGUUUUUCACUGCUUUCUUUAGAACUUAUUAUUGUUAAUAACAUUUGAAUGUCAAUUCAUGAUUUUUUUAUUGACUUUCUGCCUUAUUAAACAAUUCCGUAUAGAUAUAUUUUGCUGGUGACAAAUACUAAAUAUAAAAUAAUAAGCGAAUAAAA